AUGAAGAAGAACAUGGUUACAGAGGUCCUGCAGCCAAGACCUCACUGGUCUCCCAAGCUGAAGCUUCGAGUACGAAUGCAGGUCCUCUUCCGCCUGCUAGCAUAA